AUGGCCGAUAGAAGACGUAUCAAUGGGCCGCCUGCUGGCACAAGGCCUCCGGUCUAUGCGUCACUCAAAGAAUCCAAGACGGGUGUUUCAGAGCGCACCCUACGCCAGCGUCAACCCACCGAACUACGGAAAUUUUAUUUGAAAACAGGAAUGAUCCCCACUGCCUCAGGCUCAUCAUAUCUUGAAUUUGCGCCGUCUGCUGCCCUCGCCGCCGCCCGCUCCAAUCCCAAAUCUCUGAUCCCGCCCUCAUCAGCGCUCAAGGUGGCUUGCACUGUCCACGGACCCAAGCCUCUUCCCCGCUCGGUUCCAUUCUCGCCCAAUCUCCUUCUCACCACCCAUGUCAAGUUCGCACCGUUCGCCGCCCGCAAGCGGAAGGGACAUGUUCGCGAUACCACUGAGCGUGAUCUUGGUGUCCACCUAGAGACAGCCCUCCGUGGCGCAAUUAUCGCCGAACGCUGGCCCAAGAGUGGUCUGGAUAUUACUCUCACCAUCGUUGAAGCAGAGGAUGAUCGUUGGUGGGGCGACGCUCCUGACUCGCACGAUGCAUCGUGGGGGAUGCUGAACGUUCUUGCCGGAUGUAUCACAGCUGCUUCUGCUGCCAUUGCGGAUGCUCAUAUCGAUUGUCUCGAUCUUGUAUCCGGUGGUGUCGCUGCUCUGGUCUCGGACGAUGCAUCGACUGCCCCGCGACUCGUGCUCGAUGUCGAUCCGGCGGAACAUCGGUCAAUUCAGUCGGCUUGUGUGGUCGCCUACAUGCCGGCUCGUGAUGAGAUUACGGAGCUCUGGCUUAAGGGUGAUAGCUCAAGGGCGGCUCUUGAGAAGAGUGAUGGGCGCACGGGACAUGAGGCUUUGAUUGACGGGGCUGUUGAUGCGGCUCGUGGCGCUAAUACAAUUUUGACUGACGCUGUGAGGGAAUCUAUCGCGAGGUCCUUUGCUCAAGUCUAA